GUUUGCCUGGGAGCUGUGGCCAGAGGAGCGCUGCAGCCGGAGCAACGCGGAGGGAAAAGUGUCCUCUCCACCCUCGACUUGGUUCAAACACCCCCACAUUCCCGUCAGUCUCCCCCGUCUUCCUUUCCGAAUUCAUUUCUGGAUACUUUCAAGAUGUCAGAAGCAAAGAGCGCUGGGCAUUUAAAGCUGGUAAUUGGCCAGCUUCCAUGGGAUUUCAUGUCACCUCUAGAUUGGUUUAACUGAAGAUGGAAACACUGGAGUCUGAGCUGACCUGCCCGAUCUGCCUCGAGUUGUUUGAAGAUCCACUGCUCUUGCCCUGCGCCCACAGCCUGUGCUUUAACUGCGCCCACCGCAUCCUGGUGUCUCACUGCUCCACCAGCAAGCCGCUCGAAUCCAUUUCCGCCUUUCAGUGCCCCACUUGCCGUUACGUCAUCACGCUGAAUCACCGCGGCCUGGAGGGCCUUAAGCGCAAUGUGACGCUGCAGAACAUCAUUGACCGCUUCCAAAAGGCCUCCCUUAGUGGCCCCAAUUCCCCCACCGAGAGCCGGCGCCUGCAGCCGCAGCGGCCCUACACCGCCACCAUUAGCGGAACAAUAGGUGGAACGAUUGGCGGAGGUGGUGGCACGAGUGGAGGGAGUGCCCGUGGCAGCCCGGCCACUUCCAGCCACUCCCACCCGCACUCCAAUCACACCAAUCACGUCAACCACACCAACGCAAACCACAGCCCGGCUGUUGUUGCAAAGAUGGAUCCGCGAAUCAGCUGCCAGUUCUGCGAGCAGGAUCCGCCACGUGAGGCGGUCAAGACGUGCGUCACGUGUGAGGUGUCGUACUGUGACCGUUGCCUGCGUGCAACGCAUCCUAACAAGAAGCCCUUCACCAGCCACCGCCUGGUGGAGCCGGUACCAGACACCCACAUCCGUGGCCUGACCUGCCCAGAGCACGAGAAUGAGAAGGUCAACAUGUACUGCUUGGUGGACGACCAGUUAAUCUGUGCACUCUGCAAGCUGGUGGGGCGCCACAGGGAGCACCAGGUGUCCUCACUCACUGAGCGCUUUGACAAACUCAAGGCUUAUCAAGUGAGCCCGGGCAGAGUGUCAGAUGCGGUAAUGGAGGCUUCAAAGACAAGUGCUGCGCAAACUCUGGAGAACAACUUAACGAACCUGGUGAAGAGGAACAGUGAACUGGAGAACCAAAUGGCCAAGCUCAUCCAGAUCUGUCAGCAAGUGGAGGUUAACACAGCCAUGCAUGAAGCUAAGCUGGUGGAGGAGUGUGAUGAGCUUGUGGAUAUCAUCCGCCAGAGGAAGCAGAUCAUUGCAGUAAAGAUCAAAGAGUCAAAGGUGAUGAAACUGCGUAAGUUGGCUCAGCAGAUCGCCAACUGUCGCCAGUGUCUGGAGCGCUCCAGUGCCCUCAUCACGCAGGCUGAACAGAGCCUGAAGGAGAAUGACCACGCUCGCUUCCUGCAGUCUGCCAGGAACGUGGCAGAAAGGGUUGCCAUGGCAACAGCUUCCUCCCAAGUACUCAUCCCUGAUGUCAACUUGAACGAGGCGUUUGACAACUUUGCUCUCGACUUCUCCCGAGAAAAGAAGAUUCUUGAGGGACUGGAUUACCUAACAGCCCCUAACCCACCAUCCAUCAGAGAUGAGCUGUGCACCGCCUCCCAUGACACCAUCACUGUUCACUGGACGUCAGAGGACGAGUUCAGCGUCACCUCCUAUGAGCUGCAGUACACCAUCUACACGGGCCAGACCAACUUCAUCAGCUUGUACAACUCUGCAGACAGCUGGAUGAUCGUACCGAACAUUAAGCAGAACCACUACACAGUGCACGGCUUGCAGAGUGGUACCCGCUACAUCUUUUUCGUCAAGGCUAUCAACCAGGCAGGAAGCCGCAACAGCGAGCCCGCCCGCCUUAAAACCAACAGUCAGCCCUUCAAGUUGGACCCGAAGACAGCCCACAAGAAGCUGCGCCUGUCCAAUGACUGCCUGACCAUGGAGAAGGACGAGAGCUCUCUGAAGAAGAGCCACACACCUGAGCGUUUCAGCGGCACGGGCUCCUAUGGAGCUGCCGGUAAUGUCUUCAUUGACAGUGGUUGCCACUACUGGGAGGUGUUGCUGGGAGCGUCCACGUGGUAUGCCAUCGGCGUGGCUUACAAAUCAGCCCCCAAAAACGAAUGGAGCGGCAAGAACUCAUCCUCAUGGGUGUUCUCACGCUGCAACAACAAUUUUAUGGUUCGCCACGAUGGUAAGGAGAUGCUGGUGGAGGCCAGCCUGCAGCUGCGGCGGCUCGGGGUCCUGCUGGACUACGACAACAAUUCACUGUCCUUUUACGACGCCAUGAAUUCCCAUCACAUUCACACCUUCGAAAUCUCCUUCCUCCUGCCUGUUGUACCCUCUUUUAUGAUCUGGAACAAGUCCGUCAUGAUUCUCUCAGGGCUACCUGUCCCAGAUUUUGUUGACGGAGUGGGCUCAGAUCUUCAAGAGCAGCAACAGCAACAAAUGGGCCUGUGCCGACAAGAAUCGCCAUACUUGACGGGGAUGAAAGCCUGCCACUGACUGAGAGGUUGAUUGGGAGCUGACAGAUGACAACAGUGGGACUGAGUUCUGCUGUAAUCUCUUGAGUGUAUGAGUUACUGUCUUAGAAAGUGUUGGAAAUAUGCACACCAGCCUGGAAUGAUGUUAGUCUUAUUAGUUUGUAGCUAUUCUGUGUUUCACAUAUCCAUCAGUGAAUGGGAACAAGUUAUUUACCUGAAAACUUAAUUGUAUGUUAAAUUCUUUUGAUGCCAUUGAGUAACAAACAGAGCCCGGGUCUUUCAUUAGAUCAGGCUAGAUUCCUGGUUUCAGGACCAUUGGAGGUCUUCCUUUUUUGUUUUAUUUUCCUCUUGAUUUGACCCCUAGGCAGAAGACCAAAAGUGAACAUUUUCAUGUCAACCAUGUUAGGCUUAUAGCUGCAACAUAUGAACAGUAAUGGUGCAAUAUAUCUGUGCUUGGAAGUCAGAAUUUUCUGUUUCCUUGUCAGACGUUUCAACUGGAAGGAAAAGUCAGAUGUCUAAGUCAGAGAAACUUCCCUGACUUCAGGAUCCAGCAUGGCCGCUACUCGUGGCUGCAAAGUAAACACUUAGCUCGUUCUACUGUUUAUGAACACUCUGUCUAUUUUUAUUCUCAUUAGCUUAUUUAGACAUACACAUAGUAGUGUUUACAUUUGAUCAGUGGGCAUGUUGUGAUGCUGCUAUAUGUGCUAAAUAGGAUGACAGCAUUAACUUUACUGCAGCAAAUACAGCAUUGACAUGAUAUUGCUAACAAUGGCUAGCAGCACCAACAGCUAAUUUGACUUUAGGAAAGAUUUAUUUCCCAGUAUUCCAACUCAAACGUGCAACUUUGAGUUCCCAGUUCUAACCUCUAUUUCUCAAGGUAAAUGAAACUCAUAAAUAUAAAACAUUUUUUUUCAGAAAGGUUAGAUCAAAGUGGAGAAGGAGCUACUGUCACUAAUAGCAUUUCUUACUACGAUUAAAUGGCCAACACCAUUUGCACGGUUAGCUUGACAACAGAAAUACUAAUGUUUUUUCCAGUUUUUUCUUUUUAAAUUUGUCAGUUGGUUGUCAAAUAUUUUUAUUGCUAAGCUUUUGAGUUGGUUGGCUUAUAAAAUCCCACAACAGUCAGAACAGUUGACUGGUGCUGGCCCCCACAUGACAGAGCAGAUUUCUAUCAGAACAGUAGCCCUCCAGAAAAUAGCCAUAUCCUUGCAGUCAUGCAUACAAGAGGAUAAAAGAUUUUAUCUUCUAUGAUUUUACAUGUCACAAUCUAAAAGCCAGCUGUUUAGUAAAUGUAAGCAAAUAAAUCCCUAAAUUUGCUCAGAGCAGUGUGGCAGAUUACUGCAUAUGUUCCAGUUAGGGCACUUGUGAACUUGCGAAAGGCAUGGUUUUCUUAUAUUACAAAAAUUUAAAAUGAAAUGUUUUCCUUUCUUAACACAAACGUGUCUUCUUUAAGUCCACUUUAUUGCUUUUACCAGAUGAUACAAACUUGAUUUAUCAGCUGCUACUGUAGUACUGAGUGGACUUGUAAAUAUCCAGUUGUCACUGUUCAUGUGUUGUAUCCUUGGUAUCUGUCGAUGGUCGUUGCUGAAGUCUUUUCCUUGAUCUUCUUCCUAGAUUUGGCCCAUUAUCUCUGUUUGAAUUUGUGGGUCACAUCUUCCAGGUUCCAGGAGGGGUCAAUGUCAUUCCCAAAUAUUGUAUUAAUAAAAUCAUGGGGGGCAGAUGAUAUGACUACUCAAUUUGUAUAAUAAGAUUUAUUGAAUACAGGAGGGGAAAAGGUGUUAUUUAUGUCAAAAAAGAAAGUUUACUUUUAUUAUUAAUCUCAGCAUAUUCAUGAUGCACUUUUUAAGUCGCACUAUUUUCCCUUGAUGUGUUGUGAAUCAGAUGGAACUGAGAGGCGGGGUUGUAAUGGGGAGGGAAAGUGACAUCGAAACACUACUGCUGGUUGUGUUUUAACCCAUUGAGCUUUUCCUACUCAUAUUUAUAACAUGUGUUUACCAUAGUACCCAUAAUAUAAAAAAAUCUUUGCAAUAAAAACACUGAAAGCUUUAUUGACACCUUAAUCUGGUUACUCAAAGCACUUUGCAACAGAUGAAAAUCCCUGCUGUAAAAUUUAAUUUUCUAUUUCAUUUGAGCUUUGAUUUGAAUGAAACCACAUACUUUUCCUCCCUGUUACUUUUUCAAUAUCACACAGUGAUAUUUUUAAUUCUGAGGAUGUUUAUGGGAUAUGUAACCUUGAUGAAGUGAUGAUAAACUGAUGUUCACCCUGCUGUUGACUUUUCAGGGACAAAGAGGAUUAUAGCUUAAAUUUGAUGUCUGUUGCAAUGUCAUGGCAUGAUUGUGUUUUCGUCUGUGAUUUUUUAAGACACGGACACACACACACGCACACACACACGUCACGUUCUGUUAGGUUGUUAAAAAAUGCAUGAUACAUUUUAGGAUCCCAGGGUUCACUGGGUAAUUUAUUCUUUUAAGUUUGUCAAAUGUUGUUUCUUAAUUUGGUUGACUUCUAUUGAUUUAUUUGGCUGGAGCUCUAUUAUUCCAUCCUCCAUCGCUAUCCAAAUAAGACCUGUAACUACAGAUUUUCUUUUUUUUUGUUUGUUUGUUUUGGCUUUAUGUUUGGAUUUUAAGGCCUAGCGUGGAUGAGAGUCUCUGUGGUUUGACCUUCAGGUAGCGGCGCUGAUUCAGACAAUCAAUUGUGUAUUAUACUGUAGUUUAUGAAGAUUAAGACGUUGCUUAGGAAAGGUUGAAAUUAUAUUUAACUGACACUACAUUUAAAGAAAAUAUAGACUUUUGAUCAAGAAAGCAUCACUCCUGACCAUUUUACUCAUUUAUGUGCUUAACAUAAAAUGUCAUUUUUUGGCGUUAAAGAGCAAAGACAGAAUGCUCCGAGCACACACUGACUUUAAAUCACAAUUUAAAUCAUUUGCUAGUUCACAUGCAGGUGAACGUAUUGGUCCUUUUCCAGGUGGCAGCAGGCCAUCAGUGUGAAACUCCCAGCUAGGAGUUUGCCAGUGAAAAUCCUCUCACAGUAUUUGCUCUUAACUUGCAGCACAUGUUAAAGGUUGGGUAGGGGGUCCAGAAAGAUCCAGUCCCACUUAGUGCAGUUUUUUUUUUUAAUUAAAAAAAAAAUUUAAGCAGAUUAUCCUUCAAAGCAACACCUCCUAAGCAAGUGAGUGUGAUGCUUGUUGACGGAAGAAAAAGAGUUAAGCAGACCAGCAAACAAUCCAACGGUUUUGUUAUGCUGGGUAAUUCUUAUUUUUUGUUUUGACAUGAAAGUAUUUGCUCAUUGUUUUCAGUCUGUACAAAGAAUUUCAAUUAAUUUUAGCAAAAAAAAAAUCAACUUCAAAAAAAGAUCUCCUUCCUGACCUUUAAGAGAAACGGUGCAAGUAUUGAUGGCUCAAGUUUAUCCACAGGUCAACAAUAACACAGUGGGAGCUUUGUUCCUGCCAGGUAUUUUACUGAAUGUCACCAGACGUCCAGAUAUCCCAUUCGUCUUGCUGAAUAGUGUCGGUCACAGGCUCUGAAUGACCGUGUGUUGAUUUGUGAUCUGGACUGACAAGCUCAACUCGUUUGAUGGAGUGCGCUCGGCCGGGUCACUGCAUGAUGGCACCGCCUUGCUGCAGGUUCAUAACUCUUUCCUUAUCUUCCUGAUGAGGUUUCUUGUGAAGCCAACACACUUUCUCCUUCUCUGUUUUUUUUUAAUUUUUUUUAUAUUAUUCUAACAAUGUGACAAUAUCAUCAUUGCCAUGCAUAUCAGAUUGUUUGCUGUGCUUAUUUUUUUGUUUUUUUGCCACAGAUCAAUUCUGUAAAAUAUAUACAGUGAAUGAUUUUCAGUAGCUUCCCACUCCUUGUAGUGCAGUGUUAAUACCCUAGAGACAAUGCAAUAGAUUCUUCCUUUUGCUUUUCUGUUUGUGUAACUUCGGGAAUUGUUUUUCUUUUCUUCUCCUUUUCCUUUUUUUUACAACUGAAGAGAAAAGUGCUCCUCUCUCUCCUUUUUAGCACUGGGACCUCGAGAAACAGCGCAAAAAGAGCAGUUUUGCCUCCAUGCAAUGCUUCGUGUUUCCAUAAAUAUAACAGAGAUACUUUUAGCCAGAGAGGAAUGUAAAUCAUAGGGGGAAAUAUAUAUUAUAUAAAGUUGUAUAAUAAACAAAAUAUAUAUGAACCAAUGUUAUUUAUGUGAAGUCCAAUAAAAAGUCUCAU